UUUAUCAAUCAUUGAGGGCUUUCUGGAGAACUUCUCCCGACUAGGGUUUCGGCGAUGUCGAUGGCGAAGUCGAUGGAAGUUGCCGGCGAUGGUAAGAUAGGCCGAAAUCAAAGCAGGCUGCGAAUGCACGCCCCUUCGUCGAUUCAGGUGGUUCCCACAUCAGGCAGCGUGGCCGAAUGGAAGGUCGCCAUCCCCCUUCUUUCUCCGCUUGAUAUCGUUUCUAUCCCCCUAACAGAAGAUCUCCGGGGAAACGAGCUCGCCGUUAAGGCUGGAAAAGAGGAAGAAGCAUCAUCCGGUGGGAGCGAAGGAAGGGGAGUGGCCGGGCGGUGGCGGCAUCCGGCGGAGCCCUUCUACUACGAACCGGCGCCGGCGUUUACUGUUCCGCACUGUACAUGAUAAGUUUGAUCUGAUCCUGUUAUUGCCCUUCGGUAGAUGUGAACCUGCUUCGUUUUUAUAGGAUCUUUGAUUUUUCGCUUUUUCUUGCCUGAUCGGUGAUAUUUGAAGCGCGAGGGUGGAUAUUGUGAUGUUGAUGAGUGAUGUAUGAUAUUAGAUGGUGGAGUACGAUUAUGAUCUUUGAUCCUUUAUCUACAAAGUAUAAAGAAUUUUUAGGGCUUUUAGGUGAUGGAUUAAGGAGGGCUAAGAUCUGUUCCGUAGAGAUUUUUAAAUGGUUUGUUUAAAUGAAAGUAGAGUGAUUCUGUACCUGUACAAAACCCAUUUAUUAUCCUGAAAUAAGAUUUGACUGGUUGUUAGAAACAGUGUAGCAGGA